AUGACUUCUGAUUCAACUACUUCAGAAACUUCAAAUUUCAAGUUUAUUCAAAGAAGAUUUAUCAAGCGUCCAGAUGAUAAAGCUUACAAAGAGAGUAUUGAGUCCUUGAAACAAGAGAUCAAGAAAUUGGACUUGGCAAGCAAUGAGUUGACUGCUCAAAUUGCCAAGUACCAAAUUGAUCAAAAAGUUAUGGAUGAAAGAAAUCGUUUGACUGGUGAGUUGAAAGCGCUUAUUGCAAAGCAAUCGGGCUCAAAAAAUGAAAGAAAUGCCCUCAAUGCUCAAAUUAAAGCAAUCGAUGCUCAAAUGAAGAAAAAAAUUGCCGAGAUUAAUCAGCAAACUUCAAAGAAUAACUUCAAGAGUAUUGCCGAAAUUGAUGAGAGAAUUAACAGUUUGGACAAAUUGAUUGAUGCUGGUGACUUAAAAUUAGUUGAUGAGCGUAAAUACGUAAAAGAGAUGAGCUCAUUACGUAAAUUGCGUAGAGAUUUUGGCUCAAUUGAACAAACUCAAGCUUCUAUCGAUCAAGAUAAGGCCAAGAUUGCUGAUUUGAAAAAGAAAAUUGCUGCUACUCACAAUAAAGAGUUAAACGCUGAGUUUGAUGCUAUUCAAAAGAAAUUGGAUGAUAUUAAUGAAUCCAAUAAACUGAUUAUUUCAAAAAGAAAUGUAAUUUACGAUAAAAGAAAUGAGAUCAAAAAGCAAAGAGAUGGUUUGUACGACGAAAUUAGAAAAGUAAAGGGUGAAUUUGAUGAGAAGUUUGCCAACUUCAAAAAACAAAUGGCCGAAGAGAAACAAAAGAGAGAAGAAGAAAUGAAGGCUCAAAUUGAAGAGGAGAAAAAGGCUAAAUUAAAGAGAAGAGCUGAAAAGGAAUUGGCAGAAGCUUCUAUACCUGCAUUUACUAAGGAGAUCAAUACGAUCCAUCGUUUGUUGACUUAUUUCGAUCCAUCUUAUGUUAAGCCAACAACAACAACAGCAGCAAAGGAAAUGUCUCAAACAAUGAAUGGUAAAUCUAUUCCAUCAUCCACCAAUAAUGCUAUUAGAACUAUUGAAUUCCCCGAGGACUUGGUCAUUGUUAAAAAGGAACAAGAAGAUUUCUUUGUUGGUUCUAAGAAGAAGAACAAAGGUAAGAAGCAGUCUAGUACCAAGCCUAAGAACUUCAAUGUUGCGCCAGAUGUUGUUGUUGGUUUAAGUGAUUUGACUAUUCCGUUCCCAACCAAGGAAGAAGAUGUUCCUGAAACCAUCAAGACUUUGAAAGAAGCCUUGGUAGCUUUAGAAGAGAAACAAGAUGAACAAACAAAGAUAAAUAUUGAACGGGCACAAGCCAGAAUUGCUAAAUUUGAAGUUGAAGAAGUCGAGUUGGAGGGUGAGGAAGAAGAAGAGUAG